AUACGGUCAUCUCAAACGUUGAAAACCUUUCUUCUAAAAAGAUCCAUAAAAUUUUAAUCCCUAAAUUUUUUUAUCCAAGUACUAAUUGGGUUUUAAUUAUAUUUUGAUUCAACUAUUUUUUGAUUUUCCUUUUUGUUGUUUUUGAUUUGAAAUGGAUGAAUUUCGAGACAACAUGAAUUGGGACUUAAUUGAUAUCAACAGUUUUAUAGAUGAAGCACCUUCUGAUUUCUUUUGGAACCAUCAAACCCAAAACCACAGAACUUUGACAGAACUCGAUGCGCCUCUCAGCACUGCUACAUUUCAGGAGGAGUGUCUAGAAACAGAAUGCCCCCGGAAGAGAGGCCGUAAUGAGUUGUGCAGCAAACAAGGGAACAAAGCUUGCCGUGAGAGAUUAAGAAGGGAAAAGUUGAAUGAAAGGUUUUCAGAAUUAUGCUCUGUUUUGGAACCUGGGAGACCUGUAAAAACAGACAAAAUGGCCAUACUUGGUGAUGCCAUUCGUGUUUUGAACCAACUGAAGACCGAAUCUGAGGAAUACAAAGAGAUGAACCAAAAGCUUAUGGAAGAGAUCAAGACCUUGAAGGCAGAGAAGAAUGAACUUCGUGAAGAGAAACUCGCGCUGAAGGCAGACAAAGAGAGGAUGGAGCAAGAGUUGAAAGCUACAGCUGCUCCAGCAAGUUUUAUUCCACCUCAUCCAGCAGCAUAUCAGCCGGCAGUAAAUAAGAUGCCUGUUUUCCCUAGUUAUGGUUAUGUGCCAAUGUGGCAUUAUCUACCACCUUCUUCGCGGGACACAUCUCAAGAUCAUGAGCUCAGGCCUCCUGCUGCUUGAGAAUCUUGCAAGAUGAUGUAUGGCAUUUGGUCCUUCAUUCGUGUAAAUAGUGGUAACUUGUUAACCUUAUUUCUCUUAGUCAUCUCUGCCUCCUUUGGUUUUCCUCAUUUUCUCUAUAAUUAAUUUGAGGGAGGUGCAUGUUAUGGCAGAUAAUUUAUCUAGGUGGAAUUGGAUUUGAUUCACAUCUGCUACUUGACUUAUGCCCUUUUGGCUACUGCAUUUUUGUUUGGGUUCUAAUUUUUGUGUAUCCAAACUGUGGUACAACUGAUUUAUGACCUUUUAAAUUUUUGGACU